AGGUAGAAUUCGAAGGAUAGUGUCUUUUUUUCACAGAAGUUCUACAGCUACAGCUAUCAUGGCAUCAAAACAGGUUUUGCUUGAACUUCCCAAACACAAAUUGAUUCAAGAUUUAUCAACUCGUUGGAACAGUACGUACGACAUGUUUAGUAGAUAUAUUGAGCAGCAACCUGCAGUGUUUGCAACCCUUCUGUCUAAGGAUGUCAAAAAGAAUCUGAAAGAUGUAGUCACAUUGUCUGAUGAUGAUCUCAAAGCAGCAGAAGAGUUGAUCCUUGUUUUGAAACCAAUGAAAACGCUUACAACUCUGAUGUGUGACAGUAAACAUCCUACCAUAUCUUUUAUCCAUCCAAGCUUGGAGAUGCUGAAACAACAAAUGGCUCCAAAGGAUAGUGACAGCAAUCUGAUUCAGCUAGUUAAAAAAACCAUCUUAAAUGAUCUAGCAACACGGUACACUGAUCCAGAUAUUCAGUCAGUCUUGCUCAACAGCUCAGCACUGGACCCCAGAUUCAAGACUCUACCAUAUCUGUCAAAUGAAAAGCGUCAGAAUGUAUUUCAAGACUUGGAGAACAAGGCACUCUUCUUUGAUGUGAACAAGGCAAGUAUCAUUUUUUUUUCAAAUAUAUAUUAAAGGUGAAAUUCAAAUCUUAAUUCUUAACGAACAUUACAUUAUGCACUUAUCUUCAGGUGGCUGAUGUGACAGUAAAAGCUGAGAAUAUUGUUCCAGAACUCCCACGUCUUCCUGAUUCAAAUCCACCGGUGAAUAGAGAAGUAGUUAAGGAGGAUGCACCCCCUGUUAAAAGAGAAAAAAUGUCAAUGGACGAUUUAUUUGGAGAUGUCUUUAUCACAGGCAUAGAAAAACCACCAAGCGCACAUGACAGGAUCCAGUCAGAGCUUUCUCUUUACAAAACUGAGGCACCAACACCUCUUCAAAGCAAUCCUUUAGAGUGGUGGAAGGUUCACCAAACCAAUUACCCUGUUCUCUCUAGAAUGGCAAAGUAUUACUUAGGAAUACCUGCAACAUCAGUACCCUCAGAAGGGUAUUUUCUGCGGCAGGGGAAAUCGUAUGUGCCCAGAGAGCUUCACUGAGUGGUGAUAAUGUGGAUAUGUUGAUUUUCUUGAAAUCAAAUCUUAAAGUUCCGAGUGACUUGUGCUAAAGACUUUAAAGAAAGUUUCCAUUCAAAUUACAUAGCAGACUAGCAGUUCGACUAAAAGUCAUUCUGAUCAUUGA